GGAGUAACGACGAGCAAACAGAAAGUACCAGAGAACGUCUCAAUUCCGCUUCUUUGCCCUUUCGUUCUAGUUAUCAUUGUCCUACAAAUCCCAUGAUGCUCAGCGAGGGAGUUCUUUCGGUUGCUAUAGUAACAAAGAUCUGAAAACAACUUCUUCCGCCAGUUCAGCCAAAGGAACCAGUAUAAUGGACAAUCCUUGUGAGUUCUGGUAGGCUGUGGAUCUUGAUCAUUAUGUACUCUAGCAACAGAAUGACGGCUUCAGAUGACUGUUUCCUCCGCUUUAUAGUCCAAGAGGAAAAUAAAUGUGAACAGUGUCCAAACAGUGAAAACCCAACAGAGUCUCCUAGCAGAAACUAUAAGGGUAGCCAAAGCAACAGUGGGAAUAAAAUCAAUAACAGUAGUAAAUGUACUAGUCAGUGUGGAAGUGGAAGUUUUCAGCUUGACUAUUCUAAUGACUUCCAAGAUCAUGCUUCAACAAGAGCUAGUAGCAGUAGCAGCAGUUGUUCAGAGCAGAACAACUGUGGAAGUUCUCAGAAUUACUAUUAUGAAGACUUCCACACAGAUUCUUCAGAAACCUCUAGUAGCAGCGGCGGUGGUGGUGGUGGCAGCAGUAGUGGUAGCAGCCACUGCAACAAUAACUCAGAACAACCAGAAACUAAAGAGGAGGAAUCACCAAAGGAGAAAAAGGAAAAUGAUCACCAAGCCAAAGGGAAUAAGCCAUUACCUAAGAAGAAAAAACAGCAGAAGAGCUCUUUUGGUACUGACAAUAUUACAAAUUCCCAGAACAACAGUAAUGUGGCUCACCGCAUAUUGUCAGCCAGGCUCCGCAAAGUUAAAGAGACGAAAAAUGAAGUGUGUGUUCUGAAGAAUAAACUAGAGGCAUCCAAUAUGGAAAAUCAGCUCUUGAAGCGCCUUCAGUAUCGACAUUUGAAAGCAAUAAGUAAAUAUGAAAACGCAGAGACGAACCUGCCUGAUCUUAUGGCAAAACACUAUGAUGAAGUGAGAACUCUAAGGGCACUUCUUAGGAAAUCUCAGGAGCAGGAGCGCAAUGCAUCCAGGAGGCUCAGAGAAGUUGAGGCACAGCUGUUAAAGACACAAGAUACCUUGCAGGCAUUGCAGAAACUUUCUGAAGAUAAGAAUCUUGCAGAGAGAGGGGAACUUAAAAACAGAUUAACAGCCCUUGCAGAAAGUAUGGAAGCCAGUGACAAGAGAAUUCAGGGCCUAGAAAGGCAGCUGCAGUUGAACAAUACAUCGUUUAGUCAUCAGUUAGCAGUUGAAAAGAAAAACACUGUUGAAGCUCGGACAAUCACCACAAAGUUGCAAAUGGAAAUCAAGUUACUUAACCAAAAAAUUAAGGAAAAAGAACGAGAACUUGGAAUAAGAAACAUCUAUGCAAACCGACUGCUUAAAGGUCAAAAGGACAAAGGUGACACAGAGUCUCCCCCAAAAGAUAUUAAUGUGAACAAAUCAAUACAAGUAGAUAUGAGUUUUGACCUAGAAGCAAUGGCCCCACUUCAAAAGCAUGAGACCGAGAAAAGUACAGUUUUAAAAAAGGAGAUGACAACCAAAGCUAUAAAUUCAAAAAACAAAUCAUAUAAUGCACCUGAAGACAUGAAACUGAAGACAGAUAUUCCUCAAACUGAAAAGUUACUAAUGCAAGAACUUUCAAGUAGAACAUGCACAGAGCUAUUAAGGGAAGAAAUACAUCUCAGUGUAGAACAACAAUUCAAGUGUAAAAACCUAGAAAGACAGAAAAAAAGGAGAGAUGGACAAGGGAUAAACUUGCUGAAGGAAGAGUUUGAGAAAUUAAGGACAGCACGAUCAUUUCAGCCUACACAUGAUGUACUGCAAAAAGAGAAUACUCUGGAGGAAACUACAGUGGAAAAGCAAGAAAAUAAAGAAAACAAGAGAAGUGGAGAGCCAAAAGAAGUGAUUCAUGAUAAACUAGCAAUACUAACACAAAGACACAAAACUCCAUCUAAAUUAAAGAAACAGUAUGUAUUUACAGAAGCCAUUGAAAAUUUACAUCAGGGAUUUCCCUCAUCAGGUCCAACAUCCAACAAAAACUGCAAUAGUAGACAGGUGAAUAGUUACCAGAGUGAAAUAGCUGAGUUUAAGGCAGGAAAUGCAAUCAGUGCUUAUGAACCAUCAUUUGGCAGGGUUACCAAAACAAGGCAAAAUGAUACUUUGGUACAUGUUGAAGAUCAUAUACCCACAGUAUCUAUGGAGAAAAAAAACACUCUUAUGGAGGAACUCUUUGGUCCGAGCUGCAUCUUAAAAGACAGUCAUCCAAACUCCCACUUGAAAGAGGUGGUUAGGGGAAAAAAAACUCUGCAGAGUGAAAGGAUUUCAUACAUCAAUGAUAGUUUGCAGUGUGGUGAUUCCAAACAAGCCCAAAUAAAGGUUUUCCAUGCAAUGACCUCCUUGGAAGACCUCAAGUAAUUAAUUCAUACAUUUCUAGCAACUUUCAUAAAGUUAUCUUUAUUUCUUAAAACAUAUAUCUAUUGAAAAGCAAUGUAUUACCUUCUGUAUAUUUUUUCAAAUGACUCUAGAAUAGUUUAAAUGACUCACUCAUUCCUAGAAUGGUUGAUAUUCUUUUGUUGGAAAACAUGCAUCUAAGAUGUACUAUCAGCUUAUACUGUACUUAAUAAUGAAACACACAUCAGUGUAUUGCAGUGCAUUUUAAUGAAUCUAAAACGAUAGAACAAAUGACAGCCGUACUUGCAAAAAAAGAGAAGAAGCCCCAAAGACUGUAAAAUAGGGAUAUACAUUCAAAAAUAUAUUGAAUGGGUACCCAUGGUAAAAAUUAUUGCAAGUGUCAGUAAAUGCCUAUUUGCAGUUGUAAAGCAAAGCACUACCCAGCUUUGUUUACCGACCCCAGUCUGCAAAACCUCUAAAAUGAAUAAAGGAAUUAAAAGUAUUCACAUACUUACAGUUAUAAAAGUGAUUCAUAAUGGCUGGAUUAAAUCUAAUCUAGAUUAGAGUCUAAUCUGGAUUAGACUCCAGAUUGGGCAUUUUAAUUACAGAAAAUACUGUGUGGGAUUUGCACUAUUAUGUAUAGACAUAAUGAAAGUCCACAAAAUAUUUCAGAAGAGUUCAGAAAUCUUGAAGCCAUAUUAAUAAAAUAACCACAGUUUACAGCUAAAAUUCUGAAACUAACAAGGCUAGUAGGAGAAAGGAAAUACUGCAAACCAACACUUCUAUUUCAUUAAUCCCAAACUCGACAGUCUUUAGACUGCAAUGGCAAGUUCACCUGCCCUGUCCAAAUCAUCCAGUACAGUGGGGUACAUUGGAUGUAUAAAUCUGUGUUAUAAUUGGGCUAUGCACAUUGUUUUCUACUGUUGUACUAGCAUCCAAAACUAUAUGGGGUACAAUAAAAUUCCAUACAGUACAAUAAAAACUCUUUUUCCAAGCAUCAAA